AUGGUACCCAUACCUUGUGAACCUUUCCAAUAUAUGCAGAUUGCAGGGGAUUUGCCGUCUAAGCUUUUCACUUACGAUCACGAACCUUCUCACGGGAAAGUGAAUGUCUACUUUAGAGUUGAUAAAUGGCUACACGCUAUUGAUGGGGCACUCGAUAAGAAGCAGGGAGAGAGACUUAUGAACUCACAGUUUGGUGAAGGUGAACUACAAUCUAGUCCUGAUACCAUUGCAAAUUCACGGAGGAAAAAUCUGAUUGGUUUCUCAGUGUAG